CACCAUGAUUGUGAGCCGCAUUAGCUUGGCUGGAAGCAGCACCAUGCUGAUUAGGAGUAGUAGAUCCUUGACUAGCAAGGGAAACCAGAGGCCACUGAGAACUGGCACAUUUCCUCUCUUGUUGAACGAGUCCAGAGAAGACUCUAUUGAUAGAGGGAAGCAUAUUGAUAACGAUGUAAAUGCACAUGUUUGCGCCCCUAGUUCUUAUCCGUUUGAGGGGCAUAGUCGUGUGUUUUGGCCUAUUUUACGUCGGGUUGUGCUAUUUUGUCAUGUUUCAGGUCCCAGGCGUUAAAGGGAAGGCUAACCGCGAGUUUCGGGGUAUUUGGAAGUCAUUUCGGUGAGCUGGAGCCAAAACACGGGCAGCCCAAGGAAUUACACGGCCGUGUACUGCUGGCCGUGCUUUUUAUGCCGAGAGCAAAUUCAGUUUGGCCAAUUCAGCUGCAAACACGGGCACCGAAGCACGGCCGUGUUCCACCAAAGCACGGCCGUGUACAUUGCGAAGCACGGCCGUGUUUAACCCACUUGCUGGCCGUGUAAUUAAGCCCUGGCCGAGGCACGGGCGGAGUCAGGCAAAGCACGGCCGUGCCCUCGACCGUGCUUUGGCCACUGAUGCUUUUAAGCAGAUUUUCAGCCACAAGUCAAGGGGAUUCGAGUUUUGGAGAGAGAGAUCAGUUCCUAGAGAGAGAAAGUGACGAGCAAGAGUUCCCAAGUGCCCUAGAUUGAUAUUCAACACCAUUGGAGGCCAGUUUGAGCUUGGAGAAGUGCCGAUCAACGUCCAGAAGCAGGAAUCCAUCCUUCGCAAUAUGAAUUCCGUGUCUGAUUCUGCUUUUGCUUUCUUCUCCAUGGAGUAGUUCUCCCAUUCAUCUGGGUAUGGAGAACCCUAGAUUUGUAUGUUAGGCUUUGAUUGUAUGAACCCAAGUACUGAUUCUGUGAUUGAUUAUAUUCGAUUGAGGUUUUAAUGAUUGAAUGACUUGAAUCCUGAUCAAAUUCCUGUUGUUUCUGCUUUAACCUAGAAUGAGAAUAUCUGCCUAGGUUAAUAGAGUAUCCUUGAUUGAAGGUAGGGAGUUGGUGACUUUAGUCGAGAAGCCAACUCACUAUUCUGUACCGGAUUUACUCCGGUAGUGGAGGUUUUGUUCUUAGGGCCUCAAUCUGUCGACUCCGGUGGAGGUUAGUCGCCCGCUAGAGAGUCAGAUUGAGAGGGUCUGAAGACCUUUAGUCGAGACUUCAGGCUGUUUAAGAACCUUCCGCAGUAUAACUGUCAUAGAAACUGAACUUGGUAAUUACAAUCCGGCUUAACUGCAGUCUAGGGGGAACCAUAUCCGGGUGACCUCUCUUAACUUGAAUACAACCGUUUACCUGCUUUGCUUUGUUUGUUUGGUAGUUUAGACUUGCAUUCCAGUUUCAUUGCUAGAUAACACGAAUUCACUGAGUAGUCAUCAUAUCUAGGACCUGGGUUGAUAAUUAAACCCAAACCCGCUAUACUACGCUUUAGGAAGUGGUUACACUUGGCCAAUUCCUAGGGUGACAGUAGAGUCGAGUCAAGUUUUUGGCGCCGUUGCCGGGGACGGCUAGGUUGUUGAAGAAAAGUGAUUUCUGUUAAUUUAGCUUUUCUUUUUGCUUUGUUUGCUUUGUCCCACUUGUGCCUUCACGGGUUUGCUUGCUUGAGUGUGUGCAGGUAGUGCAUGACCCGUAGCCAGUCAGGAGGUUUACUGCCGUUGAAUCCAGAGAUUGACCGCACCUGUCGCCAGCUCAGGAGACAACAGCGAGCUAGACUGGCUACGGAAGAGCGCAUAGACGGCCACCUGAGUAGCGAUUCUGAAGAAGAGCACGGGAUGGACGGAGACUACAACCAGCACCAGGGGAAUCCACAGCAGGUUCCCCCGGUGAAUCAGGUCCUGGGGAACAACCCCAUACCCCAGGACCAUGGAGUUCAUCAUCCCCCGCAGCCGGGCCCCACCUUGGAGUACUACUACACUCCGCGGAUUGCUGACAUCCGCCCGGUCAUCCUCUACCCGCCUAUUCCAGCAAACAAUUUCGAGAUCAAGCCAUGCUGGAUUCAGCUCAUUACAUCUUCUAUCCAGUUCCAUGGCUUGAAGAAUGAGGAGGCCAGGGUGCAUCUUUCCCGUUUUCUACAGCUGACAAACGGGUUCAAGCUGAAUGGUGUCCCGGAUGAUGCGAUCCGCCUUCAUCUCUUCCCCCAUUCUCUGGCGGGGAAUGCUAAGAGGUGGUUGGAGACCCAGCCCCCAUUGUCCAUCACCUCUUGGGACGAUCUGGCGGACAAAUUCGUGCACAGGUAUUAUCCGGCAUCGAAGACUACAGAGAUUCAGCGGGAGAUCACUCACUUCCGCCAGGAGCCAGAGGAGUCACUUCGUGAUGCUUGGGAGCGGUAUAUGGGCUAUUUCUGGCAGUGCCCCCAUCAUGGCUUCAGCGAUGUAUUCACAGUGGGGAACUUCUACAGUGCCCUUUCUCCAGAUAGCCAGAGGGUGAUUGAGUCUCUAUGCCCAGGAGGAGAUAUUCUCACUAAGACUCCACCCGAGCUGAACCAGAUGAUCAGUACUUUGGCUGCCAGAGAUCAUUCGUGGGGACAGGGUAGCCGAGGCAGACAGUCCCGGGACCGUGGUGUGCACGCCAUGGAGACCAGAUCCGGGCUCGAGCAGCAGGUAGCUGAGCUAGUGCAGACAUUGAAGCAACCCAAUAGUCUGAUUCCAGGCAGAGGUUUGGCUACACCUCCAGUUGCUCAGUGUCAGUGGUGUGAGAGCUCUAGUCACCUAGUGGAGGACUGCCAGGCUAUGAGGGAGUCUACCACACCCCAGGAGCAGUUGGCCUUCAUCGCUAAUGCGAGGCGCCUCGAUCCAUACAGUAGCACAUAUAAUGAGGGGUGGCGCCAGCAUCCCAACUUCGCCUGGAGCAGCAACACCACUAAACCACCUGGUUUCCCAGCACCAGCAGGUGGUUUCCAGCAGAGGCAGCCCUUCCAGGCUCGCCAGGGGCCAGACCCACAGCAGCAGCCCCAGCGCCAGUUUGCCGAGCCAGCAGCAGCUCCGGCCCCAGAUGACAGGAUGACGAAGCUGGAAAACAUUCUAGCUUCAUUCAUGACUAGCACCCAGGUGGGCAUCUUGGCCCGCCAGAGCACCACCAAGGCACCGGGGACUCUGCCUGCCACCACUGUUCCUAAUCCUCGAGAUCCUCACCAGCAUCAGCAGCUGGAUGCCAUUUUUACCAGGAGCGGUAAGACCAUAUCUGCUGAUCCUGUCCCGGCCAGACAGGAGGAACCACUGCCUGCUCCAGCACUUCCAGCCGACGAUGCAGAAGUGCGGGUGGAGAAGGAAGCCCCUGCUCCCAAGCCACAACCAGUGGUUAAGGAGCAUGUACCCCAGCUUCCCUUCCCCACUCGCCUACACAAGGACAAGCUGGAGACUGAGUUUGCCAAGUUCAUGGCAAUGUUGAAGCAGCUCAACAUCAGCAUACCGUUCAUGGAGGCACUGUCGAAGAUGCCCAAGUAUGCCAAGUUCAUGAAAGAUAUCUACACCAACAAGAAGAAACUUGGGGAUCUCUCGACAGUGAUGCUGAGCGAGGAGUGUUCUGCUAUCCUGCAGAACAAGCUGCCCGAGAAGCGCAAAGAUCCAGGGAGCUUUACUAUCCCUCUUACUAUUGGCAGCAUGCAUGUAGGCAAGUCCUUGGCGGACCUAGGUGCUAGCAUAAACGUCAUGCCAUAUAAGUUGUUUAAGAAGCUAGACUUAGGUGAACUUAGCCCUACUAGGAUGAGCAUUCAGCUCGCUGACCGUUCCAUUGUGCAUCCUAGGGGAAUCAUAGAGGAUUUGCUUGUCAGUGUCGGUGCAUUCACAUAUCCUGUUGAUUUCGUUAUUCUUGAUGUGCAUGAGGAUGUGGAUGUGCCUUUGAUUCUAGGUAGGCCAUUUCUUGCCACCGCCAAGGCACUUAUUGAUGUGCAUGAUGGUAAAUUGAUCUUGCGUGCUGGGAAUGAACAGGCUACUUUUUCUGUGACUGAGUUUGAUCAUUGUGCUAUGAUUGAUGUCACGCCUGUGCAUGCUAUGUCUGAUCAGGUGCACGAGCCUGUCGUGUAUCCUUCUGCACCUCCUAUUUUGCAGGACCCUCCUAUCAUUCCUUCGCCGCCACUCCAUCCAGCCUCACCUCCGAACAAAAAGCUCAAGGAGGAGUGGCGGCCGAAGCAGCAGGUUGCUAAGCCUGCACGGAAGAAGAGUGGAGACCACUAUGAGCUGGUCCCACCUCCUGCACCACGACCACCCUGGCCGUCCGGGUACUCGCUCACCUGCAUCUUGCCAGAUGGGCAGGUCGAGCUGACUGAUGAGGGUGGUCGCAUCCGUCGGGUGCACGGCCACAACCUCAAGCUGUACCUCAAGAGCGACGUGGAUCCGCUCUUGGAGGCACCUGUUCCUGCACCGCCCUGAGGAUCCACCAUGGGCGUCCAGCUAAAAGACGGUAAAGAAGCGCUUGUGGGGAGGCAACCCCACCAUGGUUUGAUUUUCUUUCUUGUGUUUUGAGUCGGAUUGUAACCCGGUUUGGGUUUGGUUUGUUUUCUUUUGGUUUGGAUGAUAUUUUAUUGGGUUGACCAUUGAACCUAACAUAUUGUGUUUGAACUCUUCUGUUUCCCUUUGGCUGUGCUUGCCCCGACUGGCCCGUUUCCAGUCCCCUGCAGUCCGUGCAUACCGGUAACAUCGUUCCCUUAUCCUUCCCUCUUCUCCAUUGAGGGCAAUGUCGAUCUUAAGUGUGGGGGGUGUUUAUCUUUUGACUGCAUUAGAUCUGUUUGUGUGCUUGGAGCCUAGUCCACUGUCCAAAUUUUUAAAUUUGAGGGCUCCAAGUACGUGUUUCCUUGCAAUUGCCUGCUCAGUAUGCUUUGAAUUGACAGUCUUUAUAGUAAUAUGCAACCUAGGGAGGUAGUGUAGCACUAUGGAGGAUGUUGAUGCAUAUAAGGAGUCUCAUUUCUUCUUCAUAUUGAGUUGGUUGAUUGAGUGAAUUAGUGAUCUUAGGACCCUUGAAUUGUGUGGUGUUGUGGAUUCUCUACCUAUCAUGGACUCUUGUAUCAUGUUUUGAGUUUAACAGGUGCUCAAAAAUGUGCUUGAAAAUAAACGUCUCCCGUGCGAAUAGGGCGAAAGUGUGUAAGGGGAGACGGGAAUUCGUUCCCAAUUUCCACCUACUACCUCCAGCCCCCUUACAUGUCUUUCCCCCACACGAGGCUCGAGACAUCCACUCCCGGCAUGGCCGGUAAGAGCAGGUUGGGACCCUUGAAAAGAAAAAAAAAAGAAAAGAAAAAAAAAAGAAAACAAGCAAAACAGAAAAAAGGGGUUCCAACCAUCUUCAAAGAAAAUCGAGCACCUUGAAAAAUGUGAGUCCAUGAUCCUUUGUUUUUGAUAAUCUCUCCAUCCACGAUUCAUUUUUCCUCUGUUCACUUUUUGCCAUGAUGCCGACUCGAUAUUAGUGCUCUCGCCGAAGAAGCUAUGAGAUGACUUGUGCAUCGGUUGACCUCGUAAGUUGCUAAAUGAUCUAGGAAGUCCUCUACCUACGAUCAGGGUUGUUUGUUGCUAUGGAGGUCUGAAGAGUUGCAUUGGUUUGAGUUAGGUUUGCUUGGGGACAAGCAAACGGUUAAGUGUGGGGGAAUUUGAUAACGAUGUAAAUGCACAUGUUUGCGCCCCUAGUUCUUAUCCAUUUGAGGGGCAUAGUCGUGUGUUUUGGCCUAUUUUACGCCGGGUUGUGCUAUUUUGUCAUGUUUCAGGUUCCAGGCGUUAAAGGGAAGGCUAACCGCGAGUUUCGGGGCAUUUGGAAGUCAUUUCGGUGAGCUGGAGCCAAAACACGGGCAGCCCAAGGAAUUACACGGCCGUGUACUGCUGGCCGUGCUUUUUAUGCCGAGAGCAAAUUCAGUUUGGCCAAUUCAGCUGCAAACACGGGCACCGAAGCACGGCCGUGUUCCACCAAAGCACGGCCGUGUUUAACCCACUUGUUGGCCGUGUAAUUAAGCCCUGGCCGAGGCACGGGCGGAGUCAGGCAAAGCACGGCCGUGCCCUCGACCGUGCUUUGGCCACUGAUGCUUUUAAGCAGAUUUUCAGCCACAAGUCAAGGGGAUUCGAGUUUUGGAGAGAGAGAUCAGUUCCUAGAGAGAGAAAGUGACGAGCAAGAGUUCCCAAGUGCCCUAGAUUGAUCUUCAACACCAUUGGAGGCCAGUUUGAGCUUGGAGAAGUGCCGAUCAACGUCCAGAAGCAGGAAUCCAUCCUUCGCAGUAUGAAUUCCGUGUCUGAUUCUGCUUUUGCUUUCUUCUCCAUGGAGUAGUUCUCUCAUUCAUCUGGGUAUGGAGAACCCUAGAUUUGUAUGUUAGGCUUUGAUUGUAUGAACCCAAGUACUGAUUCUGUGAUUGAUUAUAUUCGAUUGAGGUUUUAAUGAUUGAAUGACUUGAAUCCUGAUCAAAUUCCUGUUGUUUCUGCUUUAACCUAGAAUGAGAAUAUAUGCCUACGUUAAUAGAGUAUCCUUGAUUGAAGGUAGGGAGUUGGUGACUUUAGUCGAGAAGCCAACUCACUAUUCUGUAACGGAUUUACUUCGGUAGUGGAGGUUUUGUUCUUAGGGCCUCAAUCUUUCGACUCCGGUGGAGGUUAGUCACCCGCUAGAGAGUCAGAUUGAGAGGGUCUGAAGACCUUUAGUCGAGACUUCAGGCUGUUUAAGAACCUUCCGCAGUAUAACUGUCAUAGAAACUGAACUUGGUAAUUACAAUCCGGCUUAACUGCAGUCUAGGGGGAACCAUAUUCGGGUGACCUCUCUUAACUUGAAUACAACCGUUUACCUGCUUUGCUUUGUUUGUUUGGUAGUUUAGACUUGCAUUCCAGUUUCAUUGCUAGAUAACACAAAUUCACUGAGUAGUCAUCAUAUCUAGGACCCGGGUUGAUAAUUAAACCCAAACCCGCUAUACUACGCUUUAGGAAGUGGUUACACUUGGCCAAUUCCUAGGGUGACAGUAGAGUCGAGUCACAUAUCCAUUAAUAGAAAAUGAGAUUUCAC